CAAAGCGAAUUCUUCCUCUGAUGAAAUCAAAGAAGCAAGGAACGGUGGUUGUUUGGUAAAAGGGAAGAGCGACAAGAAAAGAGAGAGAGAGAGAGAGGAUAAGACUGAGGUGAGUGAACACGUGGGAACCAUGAUGUCCACUUCAACAUGCUUCUCUUCCCUUUCUCCACUUUCUUUCACCAAAACCAAACCAUCAUCUCCAUUAUGCAGCAUGAGCACGGAUCCAGUUCGCGAGUGGAUUCUUUCUGAAGGGAAAGCUUCAAAGAUAACCAAAAUUAGUCCGGUUGGUGGUGGUUGUAUCAAUUUUGCGAAUCGCUAUGACACUGAUGCUGGUUCUUUCUUUGUUAAAACAAACAGGAGUAUUGGACCAUCAAUGUUUGAGGCCGAGGCUCUUGGUUUAGGAGCUAUGUAUGAAACCAAAACCAUCCGUGUGCCUAAGCCGUACAAGGUUGGACCGCUACCAACGGGUGGGUCUUUCAUCAUAAUGGAAUUCAUCGAAUUUGGUGGAUCUAGAGGCGAUCAGUCAGUUCUAGGGAGGAAGCUUGCUGAAAUGCAUAAAGCUGGGAAAUCUAGUAAAGGCUUUGGCUUCGACGUUGAGAACACCAUCGGCAGCACACCACAGAUAAAUACAUGGUCAUCAGAUUGGAUUAAAUUUUAUGGAGAGCAUAGAUUAGGCUACCAGUUGCAGCUGGCAUUAGACCAAUAUAGUGACAGAACCAUUUUUGAAAAAGGGCAGAGAUUGGUGGAAAACAUCACGCCAUUGUUUGACAAUGUGGUGAUAGAACCAUGCUUGCUACAUGGCGAUCUCUGGAGUGGAAACAUAAGCUCCGACAAAAAUGGAGAGCCUGUCAUAUUGGAUCCAGCAUGUUAUUAUGGACACAAUGAGGCAGAAUUUGGUAUGUCUUGGUGUGCUGGUUUUGGAGGCUCAUUCUAUAAUUCUUAUUUUGAGGUAAUUCCUAAACAGCCAGGCUUUGAGAAAAGGAGAGACCUAUAUAUGCUUUAUCACUAUUUAAAUCAUUAUAAUCUCUUUGGCUCUGGAUACAGAUCAUCUGCUAUGUCUAUCAUUGAUGAUUAUCUAGCUUAUUUAAAAGCUUAGUUUAGUAUUGUAACAAUUAUUUUGACAAGCUUAUUCAAAUGAGGCAACAUUUCACUGCUUAGUAUAUAAAUGCUGCCUUUCUUUUGCUUCUAUGAGUUCCUCUCAACAAUAGUUAAACGGGAGGAGACGCCAUUAUUGAAAUGUACCUUAAAAAUUCUGUUCAUUUAUAAUACGCUAAUCCGGUAUUAGUGUAUCUAAUAGUCACAAUUUUAGUAGUAAUGCUAGUUACAGCUAUGGCAGUUAUGUGUA